AUGAGCUAUGACAGUCCUUUACAGUUAUCUAGUCGUGUAGAUAGACAACUUAUCAUAUGCAAUUCAAUGAUGAAUGUCAUUACUAGGAAAGAAGUGCUGAAGAGAAUAGUGGCCGUUAUAAACUUAAGAGGAGUGCCUUUCAGAAGGGAAAAUGAAACUAUUGGUUCUGUGAAAAAUGGAAAUUUGAAACUUCUAAGUAAGUUUGAUUCGUUUUGGGAUGAUGAUAUAAAAAAGUACGGCAAUUCUGGGAAAAGUAACCCCUCUUAUAUAUCUGAUACAAUUUGUGAGGAAUGCAUAGAAGUCAUGGCGUCAAAAGACCUGGCAACUAUCGUCACUGAAAUACUGGUGCACCAAUUGAGAGAUCUUUGCAGUUUAUUCAUAUUUGUGGACAUACUUCAGAUGUGUUCAAAUAUAGAUAUUCGGAAUAACGUUUCAUUUUUUCACAAGCUUGAAAACUGUUCUGUUGUUGAAGGUUCUGUCCAAAUCCUCUUGAUUGACACUGCUGGAAGUAAAGAUUUUGAGAACAUUUCUUUUCCAAAACUACAGGAAAUUACGGGUUAUCUUAUUUUGUACAGAGUACAAGGUAUUCAGUCAUUGUCAAAACUUUUUCCAAAUUUAGCAGUGAUCAGAGGAGAUGUCUUAUUUCAUAAUUAUGCUUUUGUACUUUAUGAAAUGUUUUCUCUUCUGGAUAUUGGAUUGGUAAAUUUGACCACAAUACUAAGAGGCUCUGUUCGUAUUGAGAAGAAUCCUCAUUUGUGCUAUGUGGAUACCAUUGACUGGGAUAUACUUGCAAAAUCUGGUCAUGGUGGACAUUUCAUCAAGAAAAAUAAACAGCAUGAAGAAUGCCCAGAUACUUGUCCAGAUACAAAUUGCCCAACAAGUAGUAAGUCGAAACCUCCAAGAUUACAGAAAUUAUGUUGGAAUUCUCAUACUUGUCAAAAGGUGUGCAGUGUAGAUUGUGAAUAUAAGAAUUUGACAUGCUCUUCAAAACAUCACUGCUGUCAUCCUGAAUGUCUUGGUGGAUGCAAUGGACCAUUGUCUCGGGAAUGCAUUGCUUGUCGACAUGUGAUUUACAAUGGAAAGUGCAUGAAAAGCUGUCCACUAGGAACUUAUAAAUAUCUAGGUCGAAGAUGCAUUGAAGAAGAAGAGUGCAAGAAAAUUAAGAAUCGGCUUUCUAUUUCAACAGACAUAGAAGAAAUAAUUUGGAAACCAUUUCAAGGAGAAUGUCUUCCCUCCUGCCCUCCAGGAUAUUCAGUAAAUGAGAGCAACAAACAUCAGUGCUACAAAUGUGAAGGCCGGUGCCCGAAAAGUAAGGCCUAUUUGAAGUAUUCAAAUUAUUGCUUUUCAAUUUAAGUCCACCAGCAGCCGAGCGGUAAAGUCAUUGAACACUAAUAGUUCUUUCCGGGGUUUGAAACCCAGUAAACGGCCUGGCUGCUUGGGCGUUUUUCGCGAUUUUACCCCGUGUAACGUAUGUAUGAGCCAGUUCCCUGAAAAGUUCUUCCUGAAAUGCAGAUAACCCUCCAUGGCUUGCCGAGAUGAGUCUGGCCAACAUGAGUUUCACAUUACGUGUAGAAUAUUUUGGUUAAAUAUUGAUUACAACAGACAAGUUAAUGAACUUACCAACUCUUACCAUGUCAUGCACUUAAAAAGAUGCCAAUAAAAGCUAGGGUAACAUGAUGAUUUUGUAAAUGUGCUGUGAAAAAAAAUUCAUAAACCUUAGUAGGCUAAAGGCAAACAACUGUAUCAAAAAAAUUGUGACAUACCGUGGAGACUGUAUUGGUUCAUCUGUCUUUGGUGGUGAACCAUUAUCCAAGCUUGGGGUGUUUCAAUGUAAUGUAUCACAAAAUGAAUGCAUAAUAUUUAAACUUACAUGUUAUAUAUAUAAAUAAAUUAUUUCUGUAUGCUCUUCUGUAUUGCAUUAAUUUCUUCACACACUUUUAGUAAUGAAAAUUUUAAAUAUAUUGAAAAAUUACUCAAGUUAUGUGUUUUUCUAGUAAUCUUGGCUUUGCCAGUAACCAGUGACCCUGUGCACUACAAACACAGUGCUGGUUACCAGCGACCUUUGUGGCUUUCAGCGUGUUAAAUGUAUGUUAAUAGUUCCCUUUAUGUAAUCUGUGAUUGUAGCCCAGACGGUAUAGUGGUUAGCGGAACAUAUUACAGUACAGAACAUCCCGUUUUUGAAUCCCGGAGAAGACAUAUAUGUUUGUAAAUGUACAGUGUCAUUCCGGAAUGGUGGCACUCUAAAUGUACAGUGAACUGAAAGUCCUCUCGUGUGGAUUAGUCAUGGAGGUAGGAAGUUAGAUGGAGUCGCCCUAAACCGGUUUCCCCAUACCCUUGUAACGAAUUUGAAAGACAAGGGGUAGCGUAGAUGGUUUAUUUGAUUUCUUUCUAGUCUAUAUGAAAAAAAAAAAAAAAAAAAAAAAAAA